GUAUCCCUUAGGUUCACAAUACUAAUUAGACCACACCAUUUCUCUUCCCUCUAUAUAUAAUGCUUAAAGAUACAUUCACAUACAUAAAAGUAAAAACCAUCUCUCAAACCUUCAACCUAUCUACAAUAUACACAUAACUGAUUAAUUAAUAGUUACACCAAAUAUUCCAAACCCUAAUUAUCUUUCAAAGUUGAAACAAUUCAAGCUAGCAAGCCUAAACAUUUUUCAUCUAACUUCAUCUUCGUCUUGGAUCUAGCUACUUCAUAUAGGAGAAAUUAAAGAGGAUCCUCAUGCACGUAAUGCAUAGCAUGAAAGCUGAGCUAAAAGGAGCAUCCUCUAUCUCCUUCCAAAACCACAGCCUCUUCAACACAGCACCACACAGUUCACUCACCGGAGCACUCAAAGGGUGUCUCGGAAGCCUCGACGGCGCGUGCAUCGAGAAGCUUCUUCUCCACUGCGCAAGCGCCUUGGAGAGCAACGAUGUAACCUUGGCUCAACAAGUGAUGUGGGUCCUCAACAACGUUGCUUCACCAACCGGUGACACAAAUCAAAGGCUCACAUCAUGGUUCCUCAGAGCACUGAUCUCUAGGGCUUCAAGGAUUUGCCCUACAGCCUUGAGUUUCAAGGGGAGUAGCAACAACAUUCAGAGGAGGUUGAUGACGGUUACCGAGCUAGCAGGAUACGUGGAUCUCAUUCCAUGGCACAGGUUUGGGUUUUGUGCUUCAAAUAAUGAGAUUUUCAAAGCAAUUUUAGGGUUCCAAAGGGUACAUAUCUUAGACUUUAGCAUCACUCAUUGUAUGCAAUGGCCUACUUUCAUUGAUGCUUUGGCCAAAAGCCCUGAAGGUCCUCCUUCACUUAGAAUCACUGUCCCAUCUUUUAGGCCACCGGUGCCUCCAUUGGUGAAUGUAUCAACUCAUGAGGUUGGCCUUCGGUUGGCGAAUUUCGCGAAGUUUAGGGAUGUCCCUUUUGAAUUCAAUGUCAUAGGGAACAAUUUAGGUCCCUUAUUAGCACCUAAUAAUUCUGAAUUAAGCAAUGAAUCAACUAGUUUUCAUGUUGAGUCAUUGCUGAGUCUAUUGAAUCCUAGUGUGCUAAACCUUAGGGAUGAUGAGGCUUUGGUCAUAAAUUGUCAAAAUUGGCUUCGUUAUUUGUCUGAUGAUAGAAAGGGAAACCACCGAUGCCUUUCUCUCCGUGACGCUUUUUUGAGUUUAAUUAAAGGUCUUAACCCUCAGAUUGUGGUUUUGGUGGAUGAGGAUUGUGAUCUUAGUUCACCAAGCCUCACAUCAAGAAUUGCAACAUGUUUCAACCAUCUGUGGAUACCCUUUGAUGCAUUGGAGACUUUCUUGCCUAAGGACAGUUGCCAGAGGACAGAGUUCGAAUCCGACAUUGGACAGAAGAUUGAGAACAUCAUAGGAUAUGAAGGGCAUCAUAGGAUAGAGAGGUUGGAGUCAGGGAUGCAGAUGUGCCAGAGAAUGAAGAAUGCUGGUUACUUGAGCCUCCCAUUUUGUGAUGAAACGGUUAUGGAAGUUAAGGGUUUGCUUGAUGAGCAUGCUAGUGGAUGGGGGAUGAAGAGGGAAGAAGGCAUGUUGGUUCUCACAUGGAAAGGAAACAGCUGUGUCUAUGCCACUGCUUGGGUCCCCAGUGAAACCAGGGAUCCUAUUGGUUUCGAUGCAACUAUGGCAUAAAACAACUCAUAGUAUGACUCAUUUUUCUUAUAUUCAUUAUUUUAUUGUCACAAAAUUAAAUGUAAUUUAGAAUUAUAUACCAAAUUGUGGCGAUAAAGUAAUGAGUAUAUGAUAUUUGACAGA